CAUUAUUGUUCUUUUUUUUUCAUAUUAUACCCUCCCCUUCUUUCUUGCUUCCCCAUUCAUUCCCGGUGAAAAAGCAGCCAGCGCCUGAAGCUACACCUUGUCAUACCAGGAAGCGCAAAGAGAGAGAGAGAGCCGCGAGCCCGGACCAGCGAAGAGAUCACCGCAUUGCUUCUCUCCUACACUUAAUUACCCACUUCCAGAUGUCUCGUCAAUCGAGGCGGGACGUGGCUUCCUCGCCAUUCGCGUGGACCACGAUCUUCUACCUUCUCUUUGUCUUCAUCGCUCCCUUGGCCCUGUUGGGCACAGCACACGCCGCGGAAGAGCAGGCUCCCCUUCAAGAAAACUAUGGAACAGUCAUCGGUAUCGACUUGGGAACCACAUACUCCUGUGUUGGUGUGAUGCAAAAUGGAAAAGUUGAAAUCUUGGUAAACGACCAGGGUAACCGAAUCACUCCUUCAUACGUGGCCUUCACGGACGAGGAGCGUCUGGUCGGUGAUGCCGCAAAGAAUCAAUAUGCUUCUAACCCUAAACGAACAAUCUUUGACAUCAAGCGUCUCAUUGGCCGCAAAUUUGAAGACAAGGACGCUCAGAAUGACAUCAAGCAUUUCCCAUUCAAGGUUGUCAACAAGGAUGGCAAGCCACAGGUUCGCGUUGAUGUCAACGGAAAGCCAAAGAACUUCACUCCCGAGGAGGUUUCCGCCAUGGUAUUAGGCAAGAUGAAGGAGAUCGCUGAGGGAUACCUCGGCAAGCCAGUCACCAACGCCGUUGUUACUGUCCCAGCCUACUUCAAUGAUAACCAGAGACAGGCCACCAAGGAUGCCGGUACCAUUGCCGGAUUGAACGUCCUCCGUGUCGUCAACGAGCCUACCGCUGCCGCUAUCGCUUAUGGUCUCGACAAGACCGGUGACGAGCGCCAGAUCAUCGUGUACGAUCUUGGUGGUGGUACCUUCGAUGUUUCUGUCCUCUCUAUUGAUAACGGCGCCUUCGAAGUCUUGGCUACCGCUGGUGACACUCAUCUCGGUGGUGAGGACUUUGACCAGAGAGUCAUCACCUAUCUUGCCAAGCAAUACAACAAGAAGAACAAUGUCGACAUUACAAAGGAUCUUAAGAGCAUGGGUAAACUGAAGCGCGAAGUCGAGAAGGCCAAGAGAGCUCUUUCAUCUCAGAUGUCUACUCGCAUUGAAAUCGAAGCUUUCCAUGAAGGAAACGACUUCUCGGAGACUCUCACCAGAGCCAAGUUUGAGGAGCUCAACAUGGAUCUCUUCAAGAAGACCCUUCGUACCGUCGAGCAGGUGCUCAAGGACGCCAAGGUCAAGAAAUCUGAAAUCCACGACAUUGUCCUUGUCGGUGGAUCUACUCGCAUCCCCAAGGUUCAACAACUCCUCGAGGAGUUCUUUGGUGGAAAGAAGGCAAGCAAGGGUAUCAACCCUGACGAAGCUGUCGCAUUCGGUGCCGCUGUUCAAGGUGGUGUUCUUUCUGGCGAUGAGGGUGCCAAGGAAGUCGUUCUCAUGGAUGUCAACCCCUUGACUCUUGGUAUUGAGACCACUGGUGGUGUCAUGACCAAGUUGAUUCCUCGCAACACUGUCAUCCCUACUCGCAAGUCCCAGAUCUUCUCUACCGCCGCUGAUAACCAACCCGUUGUCCUUAUCCAAGUUUAUGAAGGAGAGCGAUCUAUGACCAAGGAUAACAAUCUGUUGGGCAAAUUCGAACUCACAGGAAUUCCACCAGCCCCACGUGGUGUCCCGCAGAUCGAGGUAUCUUUUGAACUUGAUGCCAAUGGUAUUUUGAAGGUUACUGCUGGCGACAAGGGAACCGGCAAAGCUGAAUCUAUCACGAUCACCAACGAUAAGGGCCGAUUGUCUCAAGAAGAGAUUGACCGUAUGGUUGAGGAAGCCGCCAAGUUCGCCGAUGAGGACAAGGCUAUGAAGGCUAAGAUCGAGGCCCGUAACAGCCUUGAGAACUAUGCUUUUAGCCUUAAGAACCAAGUCAACGACAAGGAGGGCUUGGGUGGUAAGAUUGAGGAUGACGACAAGGAAACUAUCCUUGAGGCUGUUAAGGAAGCCACCGACUGGCUUGAAGAACAUGCCGCUACUGCGACAACCGAAGAUUUCGAAGAGCAGAAAGAGAAGCUCUCCAAUGUGGCUUAUCCCAUCACUAGCAAGUUGUACGGUGCUGGUGAAGCCCCUAGCGGAGAAGAGGACGAGCCAUCUGGCCAUGACGAAUUGUAAAAAUAUCAAAAGAGAAACCAAAAAAAAAAAAGAGGAAAAAAAAUAUUCCGGCUUAAGACCUAGAGUCUACUUGUAAUGUUAUAAAGCAAUUGAGACUUGAAGAAGCAUUUUGGUGCUUCGGUAUAGCUUUACGUAUUCCUAAGUUCUGGAAGUUUGAAAGAAUAGGCAUAAAGGAGUUUUAUUUUUGCAUUUUUGUAUGACAGAUUGAAUGAUUAGUUAACUUUAUUAUUUUUAUUUUUUUU